AUAAACGUUUGCACGCUUCAACAGCUUUUAGUAGAGAUUAAAAUUAUUGAUAAAAAAUUUACUGUGCCUAAAAAACAAUUAAGAUGAGUCUAGCACAGCAAGCAACAAAGCCACUGCUCUUGGAUCGUCAUUGCUUGAUCGACAAGAUACAGAAGCUACUACCGCUCAUCAAGCGAAUUGACUGGCGCAAUAAUAUAUUUCGCGCCUCUUGGAAUUACUAUGCCAAUGGCGCGCAGUCGCGUCAGUGUAACAUGAGCUUACGUUGUAAGCAGCAACGUGAAUUUAUAACGCAGCUUGUGGAGGAGCCGUCUGGCAAAAUUCUGCAGCUGCUGUCACACAAUUUGGCUCCAGACGCAUCCAGCAGCAUAUAUGAUGAGUUUUUGAAAUGCUUUUACCUCGCUGAGGCUGAGCUGUGCUCAUGUCCGGUCAAACGUCGCAAGCGUGCACGCAGCAGCAAGCAAAUUCAGCUACGAGAUUUGAGUCUUAAGGUUUUAAAAGAAAAAGCAACGACUGCUAGGCGCAUGCUACAAAACACUAGAAAUCCCUAUGAUGUGGAGCAGCUAACGCAGGAGAUAGCGCAACUUGAGCAAUUGCAGGCAGAGCAAGCAGCGAAGAAACUACCCGAUAGAUUUAUAAAGCAACGGCCAUAUAUAGAUCAACGCAAAGCGCUCGAGAACCAAAAACUGAGCAUACCAAGACUCCCAAAAGAAAAGCGCAACGAAAAGAAGCACAAGCAAGUGAAGAGCAAGCGUACAGCACUGAAAGUGAUGAGCAAAAGCCAAUUGGUGAUACACAAAAUCAAAAGGCCCAGCCCACCAAAUCGGACACAUUAAGCAAAGUGGCGAAUUCUUUAGAACUAAUUAAGUUAAGGCAUCACUCGAAUUCAGUAGAGGAGUUUCCCCAAAUGAAGACUGAACCAAAGAUUCC